AGCCUUUUCCUGCACAGUGCUCUGGGCAUUAAGAUCUCAGAUCACAGAUUAGAGUGACCGGCUCCUCUUCUUCUGCCCUGCACACUGAUGCUCCGUCUCUCAGUCAGUCAAAGAGGACGGAAGCAGCAGAGCUGUGCAAAAAUAAAUGAACCAGGAGAAGAGGCGAGUAGGAGGAGAGGGGCUGGCUGCCGGAGGAGCCCACGUGUCUCUUUUUUCCUAGCUGUAGCCUUAGCCGCUCUUAAUGGAGGACUGGGGUGCAUGAGGAGCGUUACUCUGCUGCAGACCCCCACAACCUGAAGCCAUCCUGCCAAAUCUGGGACCAUGUCUGGAGCCUACGACGAGUCCGCCAGCCAGGAGGAGACCACAGACAGUUUCUGGGAGGUUGGGAACUACAAACGUACCGUGAAGCGGAUUGACGAUGGUCACCGGCUCUGCAAUGACCUGAUGAACUGUAUCCAGGAGCGUGCCAAAAUUGAGAAAGCCUACGCACAGCAGCUGACCGAGUGGUCCAAGAGAUGGAGACAGCUGGUGGACAAAGGGCCUCAGUACGGCACGGUAGAGCGAGCCUGGGUGGCGGUGAUGACGGAAGCUGAGAAGGUGAGCGAGCUUCACCAGGAUGUGAAAAACAACCUGAUCAACGAGGACUUUGAGAAGGUGAAGAACUGGCAGAAGGACUCGUACCACAAACAGAUGAUGGGAGGAUUCAAGGAAACCAAAGAGGCAGAGGAGGGCUUUAAGAAGGCCCAGAAACCCUGGGCCAAAAAGCUAAAAGAGCUCGAGGCUGCCAAGAAGUCGUACCACAUGGCUUGCAAAGAGGAGAAGCUGGCGUCCACCAGAGAGGCCAACAGUAAGGGCGAGGCCUCUGUGACAGCUGACCAGCAGAAGAAACUCCAUGAGAAAGUGGACAAGUGCAAACAGGAUUCACAGAAAGCAAAGGAGAAGUAUGAGAAGGCUCUGGAUGAGCUGAGUAAGUGCACCCCUCAGUACAUGGAAAACAUGGAGCAGGUGUUUGACCAGUGCCAGCAGUUCGAAGAGAAGAGGCUGAGCUUCCUCAGGGAGGUGCUGUUGGAUGUCAAACGCCACCUCAACCUCACAGAGAACCAAAGCUAUGCUACAGUAUACAGAGAACUUGAACGCACCAUCACAUCAGCCAGCCCGCAGGAAGAUCUGAAGUGGUUCAGCAACAACCAUGGUCCCGGCAUGCAUAUGAACUGGCCACAGUUUGAGGAAUACAACCCAGACCUUGUCCAUAGCAUCUCUAAGAAAGAAAAGUCAAAGAAAGGCAGUGAUGGUGUCAUGCUGACUAAUGUCACGUCAGCAGUAGACCAUGCUCAGGCUGGAGACCGGGGAAGUGUCAGCAGCUAUGAGAAGAACCAAGCAUACACAGCCUCCACAGAGUGGUCAGACGAGGACCAGACGGCCCCGAACUCAGGCAACGACACCAACGGAGGGACAAACCCCUUCGACGAAGAUGUGGGCAAAGGUGUGAGAGUGAGGGCGCUGUACGACUACGACGGCCAAGAGCAGGACGAGCUCAGCUUCAGAGCAGGGGACGAGUUGACGAAGCUGGAGGAGGAGGACGAACAGGGCUGGUGUAAAGGUCGUCUAGACAAUGGCCAGCUGGGUCUCUACCCGGCCAAUUAUGUGGAGCCAAUCUAAGCUGCUCCAGCCGAGGACGCUUGUCUCGUCGGAGGGCAAAACCCAGACUGAACCGUCCAGUCAUAACUGCACAUUGCCAGAGACUUCAAAGCAAAGCUUCCUCGUCCUGUCGGGCACAGUGAGCUGUCUUCAUCUCAGCACUCAUCACACAGAAGACUUUACUGAAACAAAAUGACCCCCAGAUACUGCAACUGAAGCAAAAUAUUUUAGUCUCUUUUGUGUGUAGCUGUGUUUGAUUUCAGUCGUGACGCUAACAUGCCAUACAGUAUGUUCUCUCAUCAUAAUAUUGAUAUGGUAUCAUCAGUUGUGCCUGGAUAGUGAGAAUGAGCCAUGCAUUGUGCAUUUCAUGUAUAUAUUUUAACCUUCUUUUUUUUACAGUCUGGAUGCUUGUACAGUUUUUUUCUCAUUGAAUUCAGUGUUUUCUUCCUUUGUGAAAUACUUACAUGUUUAGCCUCAUAGGAAUAUUUUGACAUUUUUUGGUGAAAUGCACUUAUUUGCUUUUUUCUUGAGAGUUAGAUGAGAGGAUUGAUACCACUCUCAUGCCUGCACGAUAAAUAUGAAGCAAGAUAGAGCCAGGACCAGGUUAGUUUAGCUCAACAUUAAGAACAGAAACAGGGGGAAACAGCUAGCUAGCUAACAAAAUCAGCUAU